AUGAUAGAUUCUGAAAAACUUUAUUUUUAUAUGAAUAAUACAAUUCGUAAUCAACAAAAAAAAUCAACUUUCUUUGCUGCAUCAACAACAGCAAGCAAAAAUGUAACUCUUUCGUUGAACUACAGGUGCUCAAAAAGAGCAUGGAUGACUGCGGACAUUUUCGAAGAAUGGUUCCACAAUUCCUUUGUACCAGAGGUUACCACAUUCCUAAUACACGAGGGUCUACCAGUCAAAGCUGUUUUGAUCUUAGAUAAUGCACCGUGCCAUCCAAAACAAGGGUUAUUAAAAACAGAAUGUGGUUCAAUUUUCGUUUUAUAUAUGCCACCAAAUGUAACACCCCUUCUCCAGCCGAUGGACCAGAAUGUAAUAAGGUUAACCAAGUUGCACUAUAGAACAAAUUUAUUAAAAUCAUCGAACCUAAGUGUCAACGAUCUAAGAAUCGAUAACAAUUGCGCUAAUGGUACUGCGGGCGUUAUCAAUGAUGCUAAUCAACCUGUUGAGGCAUCUGAUGAGGAUGAGGAUGAGGAUGAGCAUGACGAAAUAAACGGCGACAAGUGUACAAUAGAGGCAGCUGAAGCCAUUAAAAUUUUUGACAAAGCAAUCCAUUGGACCGAACACAAUACCAACUCGCUCGAACACAUCACUUUUCUUAACAAUAUCGGGGAUAUUGCAGUGAAAAAAUCACUGGAAGCUAAGAAAAAACAAAGUACUAUAUUGGACUUCUUUAAAUAA